AUGCAAGCAAACGCCAGCGCCGACAGUCUCUCAUCGCCACCCUUCUCGCACAGUCCAAGCGGACGACUUUCGGACGUUUCUCUUACGGUCAAACAGCUGCAGUCUGCAUGUGCGUUCUGCAAAGCUCGAAAGAUCCGGUGUGACGGGCAGUUACCUGCGUGCAGCGGCUGCCGCAAGUAUGGACGAGCGUCCAGCUGCUCCUUGAAUGAGAACGGACAAGGAGCUGAGCGCGACUAUGUGGCCUACCUUCAAUCCCGCAUCCAUCGAUUACGGGUUGCACUCCACAAGGACGUAGAUCAGGGGCAACAAGGAAGUGCUCUUCGGAGAGGUACGACGUUGUAUCAACAUGGCCCGGCCGCCUCAAUCCAAGGUUCUGAAGCGGGCGGCGGGACCAAUGUGGUACACGAUUCUCAGAGACACCAGAAGUCCCAAAUCGACCGGCUAAUAUCCGAGAUCGGGGCCCUGCCCAUCCUUGCCUCGUCGUCGGAUCCUUCAUGCCUCGACGGUCCUCACCUAGCUACCAUUGUGUUAGCAGCGGCCUCCGACUCAAUGGAUGUGCCUUCUGUCAUCGAAUUGAGCCAGCAGGUCGAAAUUCAAGCCCUUCUCCCUAGGGCCAAUACUGCCAGAAAAUUGGCAAACCAGUAUUUCGCCCGUGUGUAUCCACGUCUGCCCUUUUUCUCAGUCCAAGGCUUCUGGUCACACUUCAGGCUCGUGUACAACGACACGGCUUCUGACUCAUCCCGCACGGAUGACAUGUCCAAUGCUCAAAGCCUGUCCCGACCGCCCGGCCACGAGUCAGAAGAUGGCCUUGACAAAGUAACCAAUAUUGGUUAUUCAUAUUUCACAGUGCUGAUUGUAUGUGCUAUUUCAACAGCAUCGCUCUCACGUAAUGUCGAUUCUGUGAUUUCCCUUAGUGCUGCUGAGAGCUUCCAAGCCGCCCUGCGAUUCCGUGAGUACGCAAUUCUUCCAAACACAAUUGUUGGCUUACAGGCAAUCCUUUUCCUCAUUCAAUAUGCCACCCUAAACCCAUCACAGCUGAACGCCUGGUACCUCGUUGGAGUCGGCAUGCGCAUCUGUGUCGACCUCGGACUGCACCAAGAUCCCAGUGGUCCAUCUAUUGAGAUGAGCGGCAACUUGCUAGAAACAAGGCGCCGGCUGUUUUGGUCUAUGUAUUCAUUUGACCGCUCAAUCUCCCUCGGCACUGGACGGCCUUGUGAGAUCUCUGAUCAGGUCAUCCACGUGGACGUGCCCCAUUUCAGCAUCGGAUCUGAAGCGACCGAAAAUGAAAUCUCGGGAUACAAGCAGAGAUACCAUGUCUUGAGACUUCAGUCUCUUGCAUACGAGAAACUGUACAUGUCAGAAAUAACAGAGAAUCCUGUUCGGCUGGUUGAAGAAUUGGUGGAGCAGUUCGAGGAUUGGGCUCGGAAAAAUACCAUGUUCAUGUCCGAACAUGCUCGACUUUUGCUCAAGAGCGAAUGGUCUCAGGGCAUGAUGCUCAUCUACCGUCCGUGUCGGGCUAUCCGAAAACGGACGCCAGAAGAUCUCCGGGAACUGUGGAGGGCAUCCCUCAGCUUCGUAAAGGCAUAUCGUGAAUUAGUGGAAGGAAAUGAGAUCUUUUAUGUCCAAAUCGCCUCAGCGAAGGCAUAUACUGCGGGCCUUGCCAUCAUAUAUGCCUACUGGCAGCUGCGGCAUAUUCAGAAGGUUGACGUUGAUCCACCAGAGACAAAUACCGAUCAAGUCGAUGCUGCAGCUCCAACACAAUCGCUUGACUUGUGGAGGGGAGUUGCUGAUGUCAAUUUCAUGUUAAGAUCGCUUUCAGAUCGAUGGGAGGAGGGUCGUCUUCUGGCCAAAAGAUUUGAAAAGCUGAGCACUGCAGCUGUGGAGUUGUUGAUAAAACCGCAGGCCGAACAAAGCCAGGGUAUUCAGGACAUGGAGUCGCACAUGCCCAAGGAAGUUGUCAACUUCUGGCAUCAUUCAGCUCCGACAAGAUUGCAACCUUUCGACACACUUCGAGACAAACAAGGUGGAUCGGAUUCGCGCAAUGAAUUGCAAGACCUGGUCUUGGAAAUUACCAAAGGGAAAUCUGCUAGGUAG